CCGGAUGUUGUUUUCUCUGUCUGGGCGGUUAUUUCCGCUUAACCCGGAUGUUGCUGUCCCUGCUUGUACGUCUAUUUCCGGUUGGUCCGGAUGUUGUUUUCCUUGGCUGUGCCGUUAUUUCCGGUUGACCCGGAUGUUUUCACCGGUUGGGGGCUAUUUCCGGUUGGCCGGGCCGCUACUUCCCCAGUGAGGGGCUUGUCCGGGCAGUUAUUGCCUUGGUUACGCGUUUUCCAGUUAACCCGGAUGUUGUUUCCCAUGGUCUGGCGGCUAUUUCCGGUUAACCCCGGAUGUGAAUCCCCGUCCCGUGGCGGGGAGGGGCCCGGCUUUUCCCCUCCCCACUUCGGCUUUGACGUCAGCGCCUGAGCUGAGGCCUCCAAGCCGGAAGCGGAAGUAGCGGCGGGGUCACGUGAGGCUCCCCCAUCCCCACCUGACGUCACCGCCCGCCCGGCGCGAGCCGGCUUCUACCCGCCGCGGCGUGAGGCCUCCCCCGCUUCCCCCCAGGGGCGGGGCCGUAACGGUCCCGUCCGGCGCGAGGCUCCUCCCCCUCUCCGCCCCCGCCCCCCGCGGAGCCGGCCGGGGGCCGGGAUGGCGGCGGCGGCGGCGGGGGGCGGGGCCCGGGAGGAGGAGGAGGAGGAGCGGGAGGUGGUGCGGGUCCGGGUCAAGAAGCGUGAGGGAUUCCUGCAGCCCGAGUUCCGCACCUUUGCCGUUGAUCCCCAGAUCACCUCGCUGGAUGUCCUCCAGCACAUCCUCAUCCGCGCCUUCGACCUCAACGGGAAGAAGAACUUUGGGAUCAGCUAUCUGGGCCAGGAGAAGCAGGGCCAGGAGACGUACCUGUCGCUGCUGUCGGACUGGGACCUGGCCACGGCCUUCGCCAGCGCCUCCAAGCCCUACCUGCAGCUCCUCCUAGACAUCAAGCCUUCGGAAGACAGCCCCCUGCUGGAGGACUGGGACAUCAUCAGCCCCAAAGAUGUCAUCAGCACUGAUCUGCUCCUGGUGGAGAAGCGGUCCCUGGCGGCCGCCGCCCUGCCUUUCACCCAGACCAUCAUCUCCCAGGUGGGCCGGACGCUGUCGAAGGUCCAGCAGGCUCUGAGCUGGUCUUAUGGGGAGGACGUGAAGCCGUUCAAACCGCCGCUGAGUGACUCUGAGUUCCACACCUACCUGAACCAUGAGGGGCAGCUGAAUCGGCCCGAGGAGCUGCGGCUGCGCAUCUACCAUGGCGGUGUGGAGCCCUCGCUGCGCAAAGUGGUGUGGCGCUACCUGCUGAACGUCUACCCGGACGGGCUGACGGGCCAGGAGCGCAUGAGCUACAUGAAGCGCAAGACACGGGAGUACGAGCAGCUAAAGGGCCAGUGGGUGGAGCGGGCCAGCACCGAAGACCUGGACUUCAUCCGCAGCAACGUCCUCAAGGACGUUCUCCGCACGGACCGCACCCACCCCUACUACGCCGGCUCGGAGGACAACCCGCACCUGACUGCCCUUCACGACCUGCUGACCACCUACGCCGUCACCCACCCGCAGAUCUCCUACUGCCAGGGCAUGAGCGACAUCGCCUCGCCCAUCCUGGCCGUCAUGGACAACGAGGCACACGCCUUCAUCUGCUUCUGCGGCAUCAUGAAGCGCCUGGAAGGCAACUUCCAGGUGGAUGGCGAGGUGAUGUCCCUCAAGUUCUCUCACCUCAAGCUCCUCCUCCAGUACUCGGAUCCUGAGUUCUACGCCUAUCUCCUCUCCCGGGGUGCUGACGACUUCUUCUUCUGCUACCGCUGGCUGCUGCUGGAGCUGAAACGGGAGUUUGCCUUUGAGGACGCCUUGCGGAUGCUGGAGAUAACCUGGAGCUCCUUGCCACCGGAUCCUCCGGAGAAGGAGGUGGAGCUGGUGGGGCCGCCGGCCAGGCUCAGUGAGAGCGGCCAGCCUGUCCGCCAGCGCCACAUGCUGCGGCCCACCUGUAGCUUCGAAGCGACUGGGGACCAGCCUUGCUUGGAGGAGUCCGGAGCCCGGCUGUCCUUGGAGGAUCCUGGAGAUUGGCCCUGUUUGGAGCAGAAGACCUUAUUGAAGCAAUCCAGCUUUGGAGAAUUCAAGUACUACAGCGCUCGUGAUGACAGCUCCGAGGAAGAGCCUUCGCUGAGAUCCCAGCGCUCUAUGGAGGAAGAGGAGGACUUCUGCAGCGAGCAGGACCCCUUGCUCCAGCUCCCGGCCAUGACCAAGUCUUUCUCCGCCCCGUCCCUCCGGCUCCUGACCCCACCCACGCCCUCCCGAGACUCCCCCUCCCCCCUCCCCGGCAGCGAGAACAGCGAGAGCCUGCCGGAGGAGAAGGGAGAUUUGGCAGGUGACACGCCAUCCUCCUCACCCAGCAGCCCCCUCCCCGCCGCCCCGUCCCCAGCCACGGUGAGCUUGCCUCCACCACAGGAGUUUGGCAAAGGCAACCCCUUUAUGCUCUUCCUCUGCCUGGCCAUCCUUCUGGAGCAUCGGGACCACAUCAUGAAGAACAACAUGGACUACAACGAGCUGGCCAUGCACUUCGACCGCCUGGUGCGCCGGCACAAUCUGGCCAAGGUGCUGCACCGGGCCAAAGCCCUCUUCGCCGACUACCUGCAGUCCGAGGUCUGGGACUCAGAGGAGGGGGACGAGGCAGCCGCAGAGUCCCCAGCUGUCUCGUGACACCCCGCCCCCCCCCCACUCUCCCACCACUCCCCGUUCUGGUGGCCUCCUUGAGACUCAUCACAGGUCAGCCAGGAGGGACUCCUUGCUCUGGAUCCUCUCUCUUCCCCCUGGAUCUAAUGGUCUCCUUGGAAGAUCCUUUGUGGACCAACCAGGAUCUCUCCCCCCAUGGGAUCCCCUCCCUCCAUGCCCCUGCAGAUCUAAUGAUCUCCCUGGAACAUUCUUCAUGAACCAACCAGGAUCUGCCCUUUCCAUUGGCAUCCUCUCUAAUUUAAACUAUAUCCUUGGAAGAUCCAUCAGAGACCAACUAGAAUAUCUCCCUCCCUGGUAGAUCCCCUUCAAACACCCCCUGGAUUUAAUGUUCUCCUUGGAAGAUCCUUCAUGGACCUACCAGGAUCUGGCCUUCCCAGUGAGUUCCCCUCUGACCAUCCCCUUCUGACUCCAGUGAUCCUUUUGGAAGAUCCAUCCCCUUGGAAGAUCCUUCAGAGACCCAACCAGGAUCAGCCACUUGGACUCCGGUGCCUUUUUCUUUUAUGUGCAUUAGCGGAUCCGGUUUUUAGUUUCUCUGCCUGCUGCGGCGGCAGCCUCUGACAGCGUUGCUGCCCAAAGCUGGGGAGCACUCCCAGCUCCCGGCCCCAGAUAUUCAGAUGCUACGUGGAGUGUUAAGACUCUUGACCGCUGGGAUGUACGUGCACUUUUCUGUUCCACUUUUCACUGGCCCAUAACUUUCCCGGUUCCCUUUUAAACCAAGUUGCCCCAUCGUGGUAUAUUUCCUCCUCCCAUGAAGAGAUCAAGUGGAAUUUAUUCAUCGCUUUGAAGGAAGACCAGACAUCAGCUCCCAUGAUGCAAAAGGGCAGGAAUCCGGGAUGCUAGGGGAUCAAACAACGUGUGAUCUCUACUGGCUUGCCACUUCCGUUGAGUAGCUGUUUCCCUGGGCAAACGGACCCCAGUGGCUGCCCCUGUUUGCUCGGAUGUAAAACUAACCAGAGCUCUUCGAUCAGCCGAGUCUUUCUGUUCCUGGUUUUAACGAGAGAUCAGCGGUUGAUAGAGGCAAGACCUGCCCGCAUGUGGCUUGACUUCUGGGGCAGGAGCCAUAUCAGUGAGGAGAGGGGUGAGGUGGAGGUAUCGCAAACAAAACCAUUUCCGUUGAUUGCACCUCAUCGCGCUGCGUUAGGGUUGGCUCUGGUGUGUGAUCUGCUGAUGGCCUGUCCAGAAGCAGGUUCCGAUCUCGGCUGGGCCAGCAUCAGUCUGGAGCUUCUCUGGACGCUGCCGAGAUCGGAGCCUCGCUCGUUUCUAUGACACAGGCUCGGAAGCGGUGCCUGGCCUGCAUCAGCCGCGCCAAUCUGGGAAUUUCUGCAGACGAAGACAUCUUCCGAACAUCCUCUUUUUCCCUUCGUGUCCACCCGCAGUUGAGCAGGGCUUGAUCAGCUGGGAUCUAACCCUGAUGCCUUUUUGUUUCAGCAGCAUCCGUCUGCAUUGGCCUUACCUUAGCUCAGAGACCCACCUCCUACAUCAGCAUCUGUGUUGGAUUGCCUGGCUCAAGACAGCUACGGAUAUUUCCCCCUCCUAUUGUCCCAGAUCUGGGCUCUUUGUACGAAGUCUGAUAUGAAUCCCUUAAUGCAGCCA